AGGAAAGGCAGUUGGCCACGUCAUUGCGUACCCAUGAAGAUGUUUGGACACUACGCCAAGUUUGCGAAUACAUAUUAUUUCUGUAAGGCCCACACGUAUCUUUCAAACCAACACGUUACUUUUGACUACUUUAUUAAAUGUCGUUGACAAAUACAUCCUAUUCUUUUCUUCCAUCUCACUCAUCUUGCUUUCAUCAAUCUAUUUUCUUCGCCUCCAAGUAACGAAUAUUUACACAUUUGUCAUGCUGUAUUGAGUCCACACACACACACACGCGCAAACACGUACGCGUGUGUGGAAAAGAACAUAUAUAUAUAUAUAUAGCAGUCAAGAAUUGUACAGAAUAGGAAAAUUAAGCAAGAAAUGGGAGGUGCAAGUGCAACAACAGAUAUAUUGGUGCUGCCAUUUUUCGGACAAGGCCAUCUCUUUCCAUGUGCUGAGCUCUGCAAACACUUAUCCUCUCACAACUGCAACUCAAUCUUCAUCAUCCCUUCUCAUCUCUCCUCCUCCAUUCCUUCCGAUCUCCCCCACCACCCUUCAGUCGAAAUCGUCCAAAUCGAAUCAUCGUCUUCGUCCCCUCCGCCAGAGACGACACUGCCGCCGGAUGCUUCCGAUGGAGAUUGGUCUGGACUGGGUACCAAACCGGGCCUCCACCACCACCAGCAGCUGGCACAGGGGAUCGAAUCAUUCCUCUCCGAAAGGUACGAGAAGGUCCGGCCUGCAUUCGUGGUGAUGGACGUGAUGAUGAACUGGAGCAAAGACAUUUUCAAGAAAGCCAACAUUCCCAUUGUGUCCUUCUUCACCUCUGGCGCUUGCUCAGCUGCUAUGGAGUAUGCUGCAUGGAAAGCUCACGUAGAAAAUAUCAGGCCCGACCAGGCCCAAAAACUACCUGGGCUGCCAGAGAGCAUGGCCCUCAGCUAUUCGGAUACGAAGAGACAGGAUCGCCGGCGGCAUGAGCAUGGCGGAGGUAGAGGACCUAGAGGAGGUAGAGGACCUACAGGUAGAGAUGGAGGUAGAGGUGGAGGCAGGGGGCCCAGAGGGUCCACACGCUGGAUGGAUGAGACUGAAGGCUCUACUGCUGUGUUAAUCAACACUUGUGAUGGUCUUGAAGCUCCAUUUCUCAAGUACCUUACGGGUCAAGUGGAGAAGCCUGUUUUCGGCGUGGGCCCAUUAUUGCCGGAGACAUUCUGGAAAUCAAUCGGUUCGGUUGUUCAUGAUAGAGAUAGUAGGCCGAACCGUGAAACGAACUACACAGAAGAUGAGGUGAUCCAAUGGCUCGAUUCGAAGCCACGUCAUUCCGUCAUAUAUGUGUCAUUUGGUACUGAGGUUGGUCCAUCUCUGGAAGAGUUUGAUCAGUUGGCAGAGGCAUUGGCGGAGACGGACAAAUCAUUUAUAUGGGUCAUCCAGCCGGGAGCUGGACAGCCCGGCCCGUCUGUCAGCAUUUCUGGCGGCAGAGCCAUGUCAGAUUCUAAAGAAGGGUAUCAGCCCCAUGGCUUGGAAGAAAGAGUUGGGAAUAGAGGCCUUAUCAUAAAGGGAUGGGCACCACAGCUAUCAAUACUCAGUCAUCCCUCGACGGGAGGAUUUUUGUCGCACUGUGGGUGGAAUUCGACGGUGGAGGCAAUCGCUUGCGGCAUCCCAUUUUUGGCCUGGCCGAUCAGGGGGGACCAAUUUUACAAUGCCAAGUUGGUGGUCAAGUAUCAUAAUGUUGGCUACAUGAUUCCUGGUAUAGACGAUGAAUCAGAAAUGCUGAAGAAGUUUGAUAUAAAUCAAGGAAUUAACCUGCUGAUGGAUGAUGGAGAAGUUCGCAAUCGAGCAAUUGCCUUGAGAGGCAUCUUUGAGGGUGGUUAUCCGUCCAGUUCUGCUGCAUCUUUCAAGACCUUGGUUGAGCUUAUAAGCAAGUAGCCUCAUUUCCUACCUAUCAAACAGAGCAUACAUCAAGAAUCUAUGGAGUGAUUAUACUUUUUUAUGGUUUGUGUGAACAAACCGGGUGUUGAACGUGUUUUUUUAUUGACACGCUAACACUCGGGCAUUUAUGUGGUCCGGGGAUGCCAUAGAUGGCUCCAAAUGUAGUUCAUCAAGUGUAGCAAGUUCUACACAUUUUAUAUGUUGUUUGAUUGAGUUUGUCCAGUUUGCUUCAAAA